AUGCCUGACGCGGCCCAUCGGCCCCUCAGCGCGCGGACAGCGCAGCGAAUUCACGAACAAGCGAUUCGUGAGGUUUUUCGACUCGCUGGACGCGAUCCCGAUCAUCACAUGGAGUGCUUCGAGGCUUGCCUAAAGACUAUCGAGGACACCACAGUCGUCGAGGCAACUGACUAUGCUAUCUGGGAGAGCCAGGAGCAGAUCGCAAGUGCCCUGAAAGAGUUUUCCAAUACCAACCGAACCACCAAGAGCGGCAACUUUUACAUGCUCCCUGCGACUAUCGCCGUGGCUAUUGCCGUCGUUCUGAACCUAAAGCACGUCGCCAUCAACUCUAAUGGCAACACCAAUCACAUCGUAAGCGCUGUCUCUGAGAGUGCUGUGUGGGCUUACCUUGGUAUUGCUAUCGAUGUAUGGCCUCAGACUGGUGAAUCUCACUUCUUCGUUAAGAAGUCCGACGAAGACUCAAAGUCUCCAACUGUUGGAAAGAUCGCCCGUGGAAAGUUUGCUGUCACAACCAAUAUCCCUGGAGAUGCUAUCACCCCUCUGAUGCUUCUUACUAUGGCGAGGUUCAGUGGCUGGAUCAAGACAGCACUGGGUGCCCGUUGUCUGAAGAAGGGAACUGUCGACGCGCCGCAAAUCAUCCACCGCCGACAAGCAUUAAGCGAGGGCAAAUAA